AUGUUUAAAAGGAUCUUGCCCUGCGGGCCAAUCCUCUUAGUCCUCGGCAUCUCUGUUGGUUCUGCAGAUGUUCAAGCCUUAGGGAAGUUGGGUGCUGCAGGCCUAGCAGAUGCGCAUGUAGGCUUGCUGCACCCUCAAUCGGGUAGUUCUCUUCCUGCCAAUCCUUCAAUGGGAUCGAAGGGUCCAGAAGAUUCAAUAUUUCUUCAGUAUGAGCGGCUUCCUUCGGAGGAUACUGGCAGCAUAAGGAGCAGCAGGACGAGCAGCACAGCCAGCAGCAUAGGUAGCAUAGGUGGCUGGAGUACCUCCAGGGGCUCUACGGCAUCAACUUACUUGUCUGCUUCUUCCUACACCGGCUCUACAGGCACGCCGGAGGAUCCAUCUGUUGUCACGCCUGAGCAAGGCGAGGGAGGGGCUUACGAUGGGUUUGCUGGUGAUACAAUGUGCGCUGCAGAUGCCUUCCUGCAGCAGGUGCAGGAACGUAUAACAAGGACGACGCUACACGCCAUCCAGUCUCCUGCCGAGUACUGUGCUGGAGAAGGAGAGGAAACGAGUUUCUGCCAAACCAUCAGAGAAUAUGCAGCAGCAGUUCGCUCCAUCGGAGAUAUUGAAUGUGUCCCAUCGAGAGUGCUGGAAAAACCAGAAAAAAAAAAGAAAAAAUUUUCUCUGCUACAAUUAGAUACAAAGACUGCACAACAAGUUGCCACGGGAGAAAGAGGAAAUGUAGAGGAAAUAGCAAAGGCGGCAGAGACGGUGUAUAGAGUGCAAGCAGUACUACAAUUGUAUGUAUUAACAACAACAGCAAAGGUAUUACUACAUAACCUACAAGCAAAGAUAGGAGCAAGCACAGAUCAAUUAAUAAUAUCUAUGGGGGAUGUUUAUUCAUUUCUUAUGAAUAGUUUAUCUAGUCCAUUAACAAUUGCUUAUCAUUUAUUAGAUAUAGUAAUAGAAUUAAUAGGGGAAAUAUUAGAGAAAAUAACAAAAGAAAGAAAAGAUUCAACUAUUCAUCUAUCUAAUGGAUUCAUGAUUCUUACAGAUAUAGAAACAUUAUGCAAAGAAGUUGCGCAACGUAAAGCAGAAUUAACAGCAAAAUUAGAGAAAAGUGCACAAGAAAUUGAUCAACAAAUACAAGAAGAAAUACAAUUACCUCUGCAUGCACGAAUAAGUCCUGAAUUACAACAAACUAUUGUUAGUCGUGUUCUCUUUGCUAUUAAUAACACCGCAAGUAGCUCAUUCAAGGUAUCCACCUCUAUUGUACAAGGAGGAGGGGGGCCCCCUCCACCUUCUGCUACUCCUCCUAUGCAUCCUGGAUAUGUUAUGAGAUUUAGUUCCGGUGCAGCAGGGGCCCCCCCUACAGGGGCCCCUCCAACAGGAGGUUUCGCUGGAGAAUUUGGUGCAGCAGCACAACCACCAACAGGAAGAGGAGCAGCAGCAGCAGCAGCAGCAGCACCAGGAGUAGCAGCAGGUGCAGUACCAACGAUGUACCCUAGAGUACAGGUAAUCUAUGAGGGAGAGGGCCCCCCUCCCACUCCUAUCCCAGGGGGGCCCCCAGGGGGCCCCCCAGGGGGCCCCCCAGGGGGUAUUCCUCCCCAGUUUACUCUAUUUCAGGGUCUAGAAGACGUUGAAUUAUCCGCAAGAAAAAAAGAAGCAGAAGGAAUAAAAGAUUUAGGUGCAAGAUUAGCAAAAGGGAGAAGAGAAGGAGGAGUUACUUUUCAUAGUGGUGUUGCUGAAUAUAUAACAACAUCAAGAGGAACAGAGGCAGAUAUAUGUAGUGUAGGUAUAAAUGUAUUUCCUCGUACAAAAGAAGAAGAAAGAUUAGGUAUUUACCCUAGAGAUAUAGGAAGAAGAACAGUAAAUGCAGCUAAUUAUCUAUUUACUCAUCAUUUACAAGAAGGAAUACAAAAAGAAGAAAAAAUAACAAAAGGCGGCUUCUUUGCUACACCAGAAGAUAUAGAGAAACACGUCAAGGCAAUUUGGGAUAUACAAAAAAAAGUAUUAUUGAAUAAUAUUUCUCCUGCUCCUUCUUAUAAUGAAUUAACAAGUACAGGUUGUUUAUCUGUUAAUGAGGAUAUGCGUAGAUUAUUUCUUCUUAAUUAUACAGAUAGACAUUUAUUUACAUUAAUUAAUCAGGAUCCUAUUCUUAAAGAAAGAUUAAGAAAAAGGGUUGAUUUACUUGUUCAACAUGGUAUUCUUCCUUCUAUGGAUGAUGAUUUAGAUAAGAAAGUUGGCGGACAAAUAGACAAAACUUUAUCUGCUUAUUUACAUACAGGUAUGCAUAAGUAUAAAUAA